CCCUCCCCGGACUCCGACACCCGGGAUCCACUGGAAGCGUCUCUGGCUCUGACUCCGUCAGCUCCUCCUCCGGACGGCGCAGCGUUCAGAGCGGCCAUGACGGCGGGUCACAGGGGGCGGUACAGGCAGCCAGACGUUUCUCCAUGAGGACGGUGGAAGAUGCCGGCUCUGCCUGCGGUGCUGCUGUGGAUCAACGUCCUGCUGAUCAUGGCGCCGCCCUGCUGCGUGGAGGCUAACGCUGCGCCGGGCCUGCGCAUGGCAGCCAUCUUGGAUGACCGGGUGGCGGCGUGCGGCCGCGGCGAGCGUCUGGCCCUGGCUCUGGCCCGAGAGCACAUCAACAGCCUGACGGAGGGUUCGGCUCAGGGACGGGUGGAGGUGGACGUCUACGAGCUGAAGGGGGACAGCCAGUACCACACCACCGACACCAUGUGUCAGAUCCUUCCGAAGGGCGUGGUCUCGGUGAUUGGCCCCGCCUCCAGCCCCGCCUCCGGCUCCACCGUCAGUCACAUCUGUGGAGAAAAGGAGAUCCCCCAUGUGAAGAUCGGUCCUGAGGAGACCCCCCGGCUCCCCUUCCUCCGGUUCGCUUCGGUCUCUCUGUAUCCGAGUAACGAGGAUCUGAGUUCCGCCAUCGGCUCCGUCCUCAAGUCCUUCGGGUUCCCGACCGCCAGCCUGAUCUGCGCCAGGGCCGAGUGCCUGCUGCGAUUGGAGGAGCUGGUGCGUCACUUCCUGAUCUCGCGGGAGACGCUGUCGGUCCGCAUGCUGGACGACAGUCUGGACGCCACGCCGCUGCUGAAGGAGAUCCGGGACGACCGGGUGUCCACCAUCAUCAUCCACGCCAACGCCUCCGUGUCCUACCGCGUCCUGAGGAAGGCCACCGAGCUGGGAAUGAUGUCGUCCUUCUAUAAGUACAUCCUCACCACUCUGGACUUCCCGCUCCUGGCCCUGGACCGGGUUCUGGACCAGCAGUCGGUGGUUCUGGGCUUCUCUCUGCUCAACAGCAGCCACCGCCUCUACCUGGAGUUCCUGCGGAGCCUGCAGCUGUUCUGGAGGGAGGGCUGCGGCGCCAGCCCCCCCCCGGGGCCCGCGCUGUCCUCAGCGCUGAUGUUCGAUGCCGUGCACGUGGUGGUGAGCGCGGUGCGGGAGUUGAACCGCAGUCAGGAGAUCGGUGUGAAGCCGCUGAGCUGCUCGUCUCCGCUGAUCUGGCAGCACGGAACCAGCCUGAUGAACUACCUGCGCAUGGUGGAAUACGACGGGCUGACCGGUCACAUCGAGUUCAACAGCAAAGGUCAAAGGACAAACUACAGCCUGAAGGUCCUGGAGAAACACCCCGACGGACACAAGGAGAUUGGCGUGUGGUUCUCCAACAACACGCUGGUCAUGAACUCCUCCUCUCUGGACCUGGACGCCUCGGAGACGCUGGUCAACAAGACGCUGGUGGUCACCACCAUCCUGGAGAACCCCUACAUGAUGAGACGCUGGGACCACCAGGAGCUGCAGGGGAACGAGCAGUACGAGGGCUUCUGCGUGGACCUGCUGCGGGAGCUGGCCGCCAUGCUCCACUUCUCCUUCACCAUCAAGCUGGUGGACGACGGCCUGUACGGAGCGCCGGAGCCCAACGGCUCCUGGACCGGGAUGGUGGGGGAGCUGAUCGCCCGGAAGGCUGACCUGGCCGUCGCUCCCUUCACCAUCACCUCAGAGAGAGAGAAAGUCAUCGACUUCUCCAAACCCUUCAUGACCCUGGGGAUCAGCAUCCUGUACCGAGUUCACCUGGGCCGUAGACCCGGGUACUUCUCCUUCCUGGACCCCUUCUCGCCGGCGGUCUGGCUCUUCAUGCUCCUGGCCUACCUGGCCGUCAGCUGUGUCCUGUUCCUCGCUGCCAGGCUCAGCCCCUAUGAGUGGUACAACCCCCACCCGUGCCUGCGGGGGCGCCGUGACGUGGUGGAGAACCAGUACACUCUGGGGAACAGUCUGUGGUUCCCGGUCGGAGGCUUCAUGCAGCAGGGGUCAGAGGUCAUGCCCCGGGCGCUCUCCACCCGCUGCGUCAGCGGAGUCUGGUGGGCCUUCACGCUCAUCAUCGUGUCGUCCUACACGGCGAACCUGGCGGCGUUCCUGACGGUGCAGCGGAUGGAGGUUCCCAUCGAGUCCCCGGACGACCUGGCGGACCAGACCAACAUCCAGUACGGGACGAUCCACGGCGGCUCCACCAUGACCUUCUUCAUGAACUCGCGGUACCAGACGUACCAGCGCAUGUGGAACUACAUGAACUCCAAGCAGCCCAGCGUCUUCGUGAAGAGCAGCGAGGAGGGCAUCGCCCGGGUGCUGCGGUCCCGCUACGCCUUCCUGGUGGAGUCCACCAUGAACGAGUACUACCGGGGCCUGGACUGCAACCUGACCCAGAUCGGGGGCCUGCUGGACACCAAGGGCUACGGCGUCGGCCUGCCGCUCGGUUCUCCGUUCAGGGACGAGAUCACUCUGGGGAUCCUUCAGCUGCAGGAGAACAACCGGCUGGAGAUCCUGAAGCGCCGCUGGUGGGAGGGGGGACAGUGUCCCCGGGAGGAGGACCACCGCGCCACAGGUCUGGGGAUGGAGAACAUCGGCGGGAUCUUUGUGGUUCUGAUCUGUGGACUGAUCAUCGCCGUCUUCGUGGCCAUCAUGGAGUUCGUUUGGUCCACGAGGAGGACGGCCGAGACGGAUGAGGUUUCCGUCUGUCAGGAGAUGCUGACGGAGUUCCGGAACGCCGUCUCCUGUAAGAAGACGUCUCGCUCUCGGCGCCGCCGGCCGCUGGGCGCCAUGGGGGGCGGAGUCCUGCGCCACCCGCCCCGCCUGGCGCUGGCCGGGCCCCGCCCCCUCCGCCUGGUGCGCGAGAUGCGCCUCAGUAACGGCAGACCGUCCGGCGGCGGCGGUCCGGUGGCGGGCGGAGCGGGGGCGGGGCCGCGUCCAGACCUGGGCCCGGGGCCGCAGAGGCUCCUGGACGGCCCCCUGGGCUGCGCCGUGCCCCUGGCCCCGCCCCCGCCCCCGCCGGUCCCCGUCCUGCUGGCGCCGGCGCCGCCGCGCGGCUUCCUGCAGAGCUGCAGCCACGUGCGCAUCUGCCAGGAGUGCCGGAGGAUCCGGAGCCUCACGCCGCCGCCGCCGCCCCCGCCGCCGCCCUCCUCCUCCUCCUCCGCCUCCUCCUGCACCCGCCUCCCUCCGGCGGUUCACCACCACCUCCACCGCCACGGCCUGCACCACCUGCACCUGCACCGCGGCUCCAUGUCGCUGCCCCGCCUCCCGCCGCCGCCGCCGCCCAUCCCCGCCGACAGGGCCGACAGCGACGGCGGCACGGCCAGCCCGCGGCGCAGCAGGAGGCCGCCGCCGCCGCCCAGGCCGCAGCCGCCCGCCAGGACCCCCACGCACCCCACGCACCCGCCCACGGACUCACUGGGGGGUCGCGACUGAGCGGACACCAUCAGAGGGUCAAAGGUCAAAGAGCCAAACCCUCAGAA